GCUACUGUUUGUAUAAAAUUACAGCCUCCAUAUGAUCUCUGCGCCGAGUGUGCGUAGCUCGGUUCAGUGCCGGAUCGCUGUAUCGCUGUGAAUUGACCAGCGGCUCCUGUCCAGUCCUCCUGCUGCUGACAGGCGGUCAUCGUCAACUGAUGGCUGCCAGUGGACUGCACAGCGCGGUGGUAGCGUGGCUCAUAUUCUGCCCUCUUAUCAUUCUGGUUGAUGGAACAUUCCUCGCCAUGAACAACGUGAGCCUGGACAAGGGAUAUGAGCGAAGACUGAGGCCCAAUAUUAAUGGAGUCCCUGUUGUCGUUACAUGCAGCAUGAUCAUUAAGCGCUUUGGACCCGUCCAGGAGACCUCGAUGGACUACCAGACGUCCAUAAUCCUGCAGAUGAGGUGGAACGACCCUCGUUUGCAGAAUAUUUUUACCCCUACUUCUAAAAAUUCGUACGACCUCGGCAACAACUACAUCGACAGCAUCUGGAAGCCCUGCCUCUUCUUCGAAAACGAGAAGAUGGCGAGCGCACACGCAAUCAUAGCGGACAACAAGAUGCUGCGUCUCUUCAGGAACGGGGACGUCUUCUACACCAUGAGGUUGACGAUGUCACUUGAGUGCACAAUGACGCUGAAUGACUACCCCAUGGACUCGCAGAAGUGCCACAUGAACCUGGAGAGCUAUGGAUACACAACGAACGACGUGAUUUUGCAGUGGAAUGACACCAACCCGAUCGUGUUCAACACGAGUCACAUCGUCACCACCUUCACGGUGUACGAGGACGGAAAGCUUGGGAACUGCACGCAGACGUAUGGGACUGGCACAUUUUCCUGCAUCUCACUAGAAAUCACGCUUUCGCGUGACAUUGGCUACAAUUUGAUCCAGAUCUACAUCCCCAGCAUGCUGCUCGUCAUAAUAUCCUGGUUCUCCUUCUGGAUUGACAUGAGUGCCGCACCAGCUAGAGCUGGGCUGGGCAUCACCACCAUCCUCACGAUUACCACGCAGAGCUCAGCUGCCAACGCACAACUGCCCAAGGUCUCCUACAUCAAAGCGAUAGAUGUAUGGAUGGGGAUGUGCCAGGUAUUCGCAUUUGCCGCACUACUGGAAUUCGCAGCUGUCAAUGUAAUGGCACGACAGAACAAGCGGGCUAUGAAGGAGCUGAAGAAGAAAUCGGACGGCUCAAAGGAAAUGCCGGAUGAGCAAGAGCUGAAGAACACCUUCGUCACACAAGCACAUACCAUCGAUCGCAUCUCCCGCAUUGUGUUUCCUACCACCUUCCUCAUUCUCAACAUUUUCUAUUGGGUCUUCUACAAAGUGGUGCUCAAGUUCCGCUAGAGAAGACACAUCCAACCUUGCGUAUCACUAAUCUUCCAAGAAAAUCUUGAGAGCACUUGCAUGUUUCAUAUGUUACUGGUGAAUCGCUGAUGUUUUUAAAAAAGAAUACCAUUAAACCAAAAGGAUACAAUUUAAUGUGUUGGGGGGUAUUAGCACCUGUAAGUGGUCAUUUCAUCUUCCACUGGGUUUCUUUAACGUUAUGAAAACUCAGUUAAGGCUGAAUGCAUAUAACAUCAACAUGAACGCAUUCAUUAGUCGUUUGUGGUAACAAAAUGAUCGAUGGGAACAACACUCCGCCACUCACCCAGCCUUGCCUCCACAUAGCCUCCAUGCAGGUACUCCUACAUGGCUGAUGUUGAUGUUUCCCGUGAGACGUGUACGCUCCAUUGGCCUGACCACACAACAACGUUAGAUUCCAAAGAAAUUACGUAAAGCUCGGUGAAUAAGGGGGGGGGGGGGGGGGGGUG